CGUAUGUGUGUGUUUGGAGGGGAGGGGGUCUCUGCACCUGAACCCUGCCUCAGACAAGGGUGAGACUUUGGGAGGGCCAGCCUAGAUCACAGUGCACGAGUGGGCAGGGAGGCUCAGCAGAUCACCCUCGCCAACUCCCACAGCUGCCUACAAAGUUUCACUUCCUCGACUCCAUCUUGCUAGCUCUUCUGGGGCGUCUGGUCCCUGGCAAGCAGGCAGGUCCCGGAGACAGGUCCCCUGACGGGCGCUGUGGGGCGGGCAGCUGGGUAGGGGUGGGCCUGCCGCAAGGUUGUGCAACCCUGAGGAUGCCUUACCUAUGGUUUGCCCCUUAGGCACCAGGUUGGGCGGAGCGCCCGGGCCCUAGCCCCCGCCCCCAGCCCUGAUUCCCAGACGCUGGUGGGCUGUGGGGCUGCGAGGGAGAUGAACCAGAUCCUCUGCGGGAUUAGUUUGGGGUUACCCCGAGCCUUGAUCUGCCCCUGGGGUGGACUGUUGGAGCUCUUGCACCAGGGUUCCUUGCAGAAGUGAAAAGGAAAAAAGUUUUCACUGUAGUUGUUGUUAGCUCUAAAUUAGCCAGGCAGGCUCUUACCUUUGCCCUGACCUUAGCCAGAGUCCUGUUGUUUUGCGACAGGGUGUUUCCCAGAGAGUUUCCUGUGGACUUUGUCAAGUUAUGGGGAAGUUGGGGAUAUUUGGCAAUACGUUUUCAAAGCCUUAUUUUAAGGCUGCUCUUGCCACUCCCCUCGUCCCCUCCCCUUUUCCAAUCCCCGUUAAAAGGACAAAGAAAUGCAAUGUGGUUUCAAGAUGUUCUUGUCUGCCGGUCUCUGACCCAGGUUUAUCUGAGACGCCCGGCACAGGGCAUUCGCCCGCUGUUAGUUUUACUCUGUCAUUCUCCUGUGUUGCAGUAGAACAAAGGCAGCUGACACUCCAGGCUAAUGAACCUGCCAGACGAGGACGCCCUCCCAGGCCUUGCUGACACCUGCACCCUGAGCAGCUGCGCACCGUGGCCUGAGUGGCUUGCGUCGCUGGGGUGCAACCCCGGCUCCCCACCACCCUGGCUCUGGCAUGCUUGGUGUGCUUUAGAAAACAGGUCGCAGAGGAGAGCAAUGGAACUUUGAGUAUUACCCCCUCCUCUGAUGGUUCCCCGAGACCAUCUUACCAAACAGUUCCGUGGAACAAAUUUCUUGGCUCAAGUACAAAAUUAAAAAAAAAAAAAAAAAGCCAUUAGAAAGGGGAUUUUGAAUGUUCCUGCCGCAUGUUUUGGUUGUACUUGCUUUAUUUACACCUUUCGGAGUUAUGGGUCCUAUGCUCUUUUCUGAGCACGUGUGUGUGCUUUCCGUUUUUGUUUGCAACCGACCUGUGAGCCCUCUUCCCAAAAGCCCUUUCCCAGGUGAAUCCACCUGCUGGUUGAAAGUCUGGCAGACCUGGCCUGGAAAGUCACGGGGAACUUUUCUCUUUUUUUAAAAAAACUUUGUCAGAACGCCUCAAGGAACCCGAAAAGGAAGUUAGUUGGCCAGUCUGUGACACGCACUGUCUGGGUGGCCUGUAGAUCACAAUGAAGCUUCCCUGAGUGCCACCUAAGUCCCCUGACUACACAGGGGAAUUUGGACACCGAGAGGCGCACGCGCACGGCCACGUGGGUCUCCUACGCCAGGGCGUGGGAAUCGGGGAGUGUCUAGUUUGGCCAGAUCUGGGCGCCUCUUCUGGGCAACCGCGUCACCCGGUGGGGCUGCGCGGAGGAGGAGUACGUGGCUUCACAAGCAGGCGGAGGUUUCCGGACCCAGCCUCCCGAGGCAGCAGGUUGCAGCAUGCAAAGCCUCUUCCUAGUUUCUGUUCUGGUCAGACCCGUUUCUGGUAUGCUGGUUUGCUUCAGCCGUGGUCGCCAGCGUGUGCGGCGAGGGUGGGAGUCGUCCUGCCGCACGAACCGGCCAGAAGAACCGGCGGCCGGCGGCUCCGGUGUCACUGCUCAAAUGCCCCAGAGGGGCUGGCAAGUCAGGCCAGGUCUCCCAGGUAGGUGUCUGGGAACCAGGUGCUUCGGCCAUCACCUGCUGCCUCUCCAGUGGGCAUUAGCAGGAAGCUGGAAUCAGCAGGGCUGGGACUCCAACGCAGGAACCCAGCAUAGGAUGUGGACAUCCCAGUUGGUGGCUGAGCUGACUGCUGCAGAAGGCACUUGCUGCUCCCACCUGUAACUCAGUCCCCCUCUGACAUCAAUGUUUCUACAGAGAGAUUUAUUUUUGUAGUAACCACUCACUUUGAGAAUGCAUGUGUGCAGUGUGUUUCAUUCAUCUGCUUGUCCGGGGACCCUCUCUGUUUUUUCUGCCUCAUCCAUUUUUGGCUGAGAGAAGUGUUUCUUUGGCCUCAUGCACGUGUGAAAUGUGCAUUCUUCCUAGAACACUACAGCAAAGUUUUUGAGACAUGAAGAGGAUCCUCAGCAAUGAAAACUACAACCUUUUGGCUUCCUGCUGAUGACAUAAGGGCUUGGAUCUUGUGGCUCUUUGCGAUGACCCUGCACGAGAUGUCUGCCCAAGUCAUCCAUCAAGUUGAAGAGGCACUGGAUGAAGAGGAGAAGGAGACACUGCUUUUCUUGUGCCGGGAUGUGACCGCUGAUGUGGUUGCACCCAAUGUCAGGGACCUUCUAGAUGUUUUAAGCAAGCAAGGCAAGCUGUCUGUCGGGGACUUGGCAGAGUUGCUGUACAGAGUGAAGCGCUUUGACCUGCUCCAGCAGAUCUUGAAGAUGGACAAAGCAGCUGUGGAGGCGCACCUGUUCAGGCACCCUCACCUUGUGUCAGACUACAGGGUACUAAUGACAGAGAUUGAUGAAGAUCUGAUAAAAUCUGAUGUGUCUUCAUUGGUCUUCCUUAUGAGAGAUUACAUAGGCCGAGGCAAGAUAACCAAGGAUAAGGUGAGUUUUCUUAUUCUUGGUUUGUGUUCCCAAGAGUGCAGCAGAAGUUGGGGCUGCUCCUAUGGUAACCAGAGGGAAGCAGGCCAUGAGAGACACCUGAGGCAGUUUUUCUACAUAACACUGAUGGCAAGACAGUUGGUUUGGACCUGGCACAAUGACUCAGUUGGCUAAUCAUCCCCAUGCAAGCACUGGGAUCCCCAUAUGGGCACC